AUGUUGCUGGCAGAAGCUGGAUGUGUGUUUGUGGCUUUGCUCCUGUGCCUCUCAGGAUUUCUGGGACAAGCAGUCGACAUCUGUGCACUGAAGGGCUCGUCUGUGGAUCUGCCCUGUUCAGAUACACAUCACACUUUAAACAAGCAAUGGUUUGCUAACCACAAGGAUGGUGACAAGUUUGUUACAAGAGAGCUCUCUGUAGUUGGAGAUCGUGUAACGUACAAUAACUCUGACUCCACUUUAAGAAUCAAUGACCUCAGGGAGAGCGAUGAAAAUACAUACUGCUGCAUGAACGCUACUGAGAAACCAGAAUGCCAUUUGUCAAAUGAAAUUUAUCUCCUUGUGACAGACCUCCAGGUCAAAGUAACUCCUGUCGCAGCAGCAGAGGGACAGAGAGUAACUCUGAUAUGUAGCACCAGCUGUCCUCUGACUGAAAACCCUGCAGCCUACAUCUGGUACAAGAAUGGAUUGUUUGUGUACCAGGACUCGUCUCCCUGGUACCAACAGCUGGUCAGCAGUGAGGAAGCAGUCAGCUACUCCUGUGCUGUCAAAGGCUACGAGGAUCUCAGAGCCCCUGAAGUCUCAGUGGAUUCUGUCACACCGACCUGCUUUAGUGUGACCUAUGCUGGAGGCAGAAUGUGUUCUUCUUAUCAGCGCUGCUCCAUCACAUAUCCCAGAGAGCUACAUGUUGAAGUGACUCCUGAUGCCACAACUGGACAGUUUGUCACGCUGACCUGUAACACCAGCUGUAAAUUGAUCGGCCCCAAACCAGGAUACCUCUGGUACACGAGUGGAUAUUAUCACAGUUAUGAUCACCAGGUUAAUGUUUCCAGAUCCUCUGAUGACAGCUACUACUGUGGUGCAACAGAUCAUGAGGAUCUCCGCUCUCCCUCAGUCUGUGCUGAUGGUCAAAACUGCUGGAGUGUGAAUUGUGUCAGCAGGAGAAUCUGUGCUCUGGAAGGCUCUUCAGUGGACAUUUCCUGUAAUUGCUCAUAUCCCCAUGAUAAGACAUCCCAACCUACAUAUUGGUAUAAAAAAACAACUGAAAUGAAAACUGGAAAGACAAAUACUGAAAUCUUGAACAAUGAUGCACCUCGUGUCGAGUAUCAUGACAACGCAGAGAACCACCACGUCCUGAGAAUCAAAAACUUGGCAGAAGGCGACUCAGCAGAAUACACAUUCAGAUUCCACAAUGAUGACGCAGGAUGGAAAUAUUCUGAUUUUCCUGGAGUAUCUUUAAUUGUGACAGGCCUGGAAGUGGUGGUGACCCCCUCUGCUGUGGUGACAGAGGACAAGAGAGUAACAUUGACCUGUAGCACCAGCUGUCCUCUGACUGACAACACCUACAUCUGGUACCACAACGGACGACCUCUGACCCCGGCAGAGGGCCAACACAAACAGCUGGUUCUAGACCCAGUCAGUGCUCAGCAUGCAGGAAAAUACUCCUGUGCUGUGAGGACCCACCAAAACAUCAAGUCCCCUGAGGAGACCCUCACUGUCAGAGGAAAAUCACAAGUGCAUGCAGUGAAUGCAGUCAGACUGAUGCUAGUGGCUCUGUGCCCAGUUGUUGUAUCUCUCCUCUACCUGUGGAUAAGGAAGAAGAAAUCUCUGACUUCAACCACUGAACCUAAAAACCCCACACAGGCCGGACAGCAGACAGACUCUGAGUACGAGAGCAUCUCCAUGAAUGCUGUCAUUGCAGCACAGAGGGAAUCAGUGGAGCAGCAGGAAGACAGUGUGUGAAGUGAAGGAGCUGUAGGUGUAAGCAAGGUGCUACACAGGGCAUGGAUGAACUUUCUGUCAUAUGUACUCUGUUUAUUUAACCCUAAUCAGGGGCAGUGGCUCUCAAUCUUUUUUGUUUGUGACAUUAAAAUAAACCAAUGCCUAUUCGGGACCCCCUGUCA